GCUGGGCUGUGCGGAGGGCGCGGGCGGCCCGGGCUCCUGCGCGGCGGCUCCGCUCCCGCCUGGGCCGCGGCCGCGCGCCCUCCCUUCGGGGAGGAGGAAGAGGAGGAAGGAGGAGCGGCGGUAGGAGGAGGUCCGAACGCGGCCGUCGUGCCGCCGCGGGGAGGAAGCAGAGCCGGCGGCUGCCGGGUUUUCGUUUCAUAUGGAGGAAUGGUAGUAUGCUGGUCAGAUUUUUGUCAACUGGACACAAGCUACAGUUAUUUGGAAAGAGGAACUUUAAAUUGAGAAAAUGCCUCCAUAAGAUUUGCCUUCUUUUCCAAGUGGCAUCUUCUUUGAAGCACUUUCCUUCUGAAAAUAGCUUCAGAGGUUAAAUGAAGCUGUGCAGAGUUCACCCAUGAGGCAUCGCAGCCUGUCCCAGUGUUUGGGCAUAGCUGCUCAAGAAGCAAAUUGAUCCAUUUGGAUUAGUUAACUUUUGUCACAAUGAAGAAAAUCAGUCUGAAGACCUUCAGGAAGUCUUUCAACCUGAGUAAAAGCAAAGAUGAAACUGAGUUCAUGGUGGUUCAGCCCCAGUCCCUUGCUGGCGACUUCGUGAAAGAUGACUCUUUAUUCGGGAGCUGCUAUGGCAAAGACAUGGCCAAUUGCGACCUUGGCAGCGAGGAUGAGAAAGGGAAGAACAGGUCCAAAAGCGAGAGCUUGAUGGGCACUUUGAAGAGGCGCUUGUCCGCCAAGCAGAAGGGCAAGGGCAAAGGUGGCACUGCGCCCACAGAUGAGGACACCUUCUCCUCAGCUUCAGCUCCUGGUGGCCUCAAGGAUGUGCGUGCUCCACGGCCCAUCCGCUCCACAUCACUGCGAAGCCACCAUUAUAGCCCCACACCCUGGCCACUGCGUCCCACCAGCUCGGAGGAGACGUGCAUCAAGAUGGAGAUGCGCGUGAAGGCGCUGGUGCAUGCUGCCAGCCCAGGACCAGUCAACGGUGUGCGCAAGGAGCUGCAGCCCAGGGAGCUGCGGGAGCUGCAGCCCAGGGAGCUACUGCAGCCCAGGGAGCUGCGAGACCUGCAGCCAGAGCCACGCCCUGAGUCCCGCUGCAGCCCCAGCUCGCCCGGGGACCUGAGCCUCCACCUGGAGGAACACGUGCCUGUAGUAAUUGGACUCAUGUCUCAGGACUACCUUCAGUACACCGUGCCUUUAGACGAUGGGAUGUGCCCUCUUGAAGGGCCGCGCAGCUGCUGCCUGGAUACAUCUUCUCCCAUGGAGGUGUCAGCCGUAGCCUUGCCAGGGGCGAGUGUCAUCUCCGAAGAUGACAGUCAUGUGGACCAGGACCUGGUUGUAGGCCCAGAGAUCCUUGUGGAUUCAUCAGUGAACAACUUGUUGAUUGGCACCACAGGAGUCAUGUUGCAGAGCCCUAGAGGAGGUCAUGAUGAUGCCCCUCCCCUCUCACCAUUGCUACCUCCAAUGCAGAAUAACCCAAUCCAAAGGAACUUCAGCGGCCUCUCAGGCCCAGACUUGCACAUGGCGGAAAGUGUUCGCUGUCAUUUGAAUUUCGAUCCCAACUCUGCGCCUGGGGUUGCUAGAGUUUAUGACUCGGUGCAAAGUAGUGGCCCCAUGGUUGUUACCAGUCUUACGGAGGAGCUGAAGAAACUUGCAAAACAGGGGUGGUACUGGGGCCCCAUCACACGCUGGGAGGCAGAGGGGAAGUUGGCAAAUGUGCCAGAUGGUUCUUUUCUUGUUCGGGAUAGUUCUGAUGACCGUUACCUUUUAAGCCUGAGCUUUCGCUCCCAUGGUAAAACACUUCACACAAGAAUUGAGCACUCAAAUGGCAGGUUCAGCUUUUAUGAACAGCCAGAUGUGGAAGGGCAUACAUCAAUAGUUGACUUAAUCGAACAUUCAAUCAGGGACUCUGAAAAUGGAGCAUUUUGUUAUUCAAGGUCUCGGUUGCCUGGAUCAGCAACUUACCCAGUCAGACUGACCAAUCCAGUGUCACGGUUCAUGCAGGUGCGCUCUCUGCAGUAUCUGUGCCGCUUUGUUAUACGACAGUACACCAGAAUAGACUUAAUUCAGAAACUGCCUUUGCCAAACAAAAUGAAGGAUUAUUUGCAGGAGAAGCACUACUGAGAGAUUGGGAGCCCUGUUUCUUGCACUUUGGGGUUCAGAAACAAGACUUGAGUACAGUUUACAGACUUACAUCGCCAUUGAAGUCUUUGCUGCCAUAACUUUUUUAGUUUUUAAUGUGUGAGAGUCAUCAAUUUGUUCAGGGGUGGGGAAGUGUCUGCAAGGUGUCCUGAGUUUAUUUUGGUUCUUGUAAAGGGAUGUCUUGAGUUCUAGAAGUGUGAGUAAUCUUUCCUUAGUGUGCAGAAUAAUCACAAUGUGAAUGACCAGAUUCUCCUUAACGCCCCUCCCCAGUCCUUUGCUGCUAUCCACUGUGAUUCUUAUGCAUUUAAGCACAUUUCAUGUGUACUCAACCCUAAGUAAAAUUAAAUUGAAACUUAAAUAUAAAUUGCUAUGACGUUAAAUGGCCCAGUUGAAUAAACAUGUGUGGGAUAAAACAUUUACCUAAAAUGGUUUUUUAAGUCUCACACUAGAAAAAUUAUUUGUUCAGAAUUAUGAAUUAAUACAUUGUUGAUAAAUGGAAUGCAAAUCUACAACACCUUUUACAACACUUUUCUAAAUUAUUUUUUAAGGAUGCGAUAAUUGUUUUGGUUGUGAGAAGUUGAAUUUUUCUGUUGCCUUCAUUUUCAUCUUGUGGUUUGUCUCUUUUGAUAAAUUGCCUUACAUUAAAAUUGUAAACAAAUAUAUAACCAAUUUAUAAAUUGUUGCCUUUUCUGUCAUUAAACUCGGGUACAAAUUGGCAUAACUUAAAGCUCUGUAAAGCCCAAACAAUUGGUACUAAAGUAAGAUAACCCUGGUUUCAUGUGAGGUGUGUGUGUGUGUGUGUGUGUGUAUGUGAGAGAGAGACAGAGAGAGAGAGAUAUUUUUUUCAAUUCAAUGUUUUAUCUAUGAUUUCUUUAGUAGAUACUUUCUUCCACAAACUUGACAAAACAAGUUUCAUAAAUGAGUUGUAUUUUCUUACAUUAAAGUUUAUAUAAAGUUGUAAACUGAUUUGAAUAGAAAGGUAAUUUUAAAGUUGUCUUGACUUUCUUCUGUAUAAUCUUUACAGUGUUAUGGGUUUGACCAUUUUACCCCUAAACCAACAACCCUGAAUGACAUCAGUUAAAUAAUUAGAAAUCGUGAUAAAUUAUGUGAGAAAAAUUGUAAAACCAUGUCAGAUACCAGAAAUAGUUUCCUCCCUGUGACUACUCUUUUUGGUUUAUUUUAAUUUAGUUAAUUCUUAAGUAGUUUGGCAUCUCUACUUUCUUAUCAUUGUAUUAGAGAAUGAUGUGCCCAGGUUUUAAAAGUUAUUUUGGAAUGUAGACUGUUGGUUGACUUUAAAGUUCUGUAGUGGUGUUAUUAAAACUACUAAGUGAUAGUAUUUAAAGAUUUCCCCAUUCAGAAAAUAUUUCCAGCUACAUAUGCUUUAAAAAAAAAAUCAGGGUAAAGGUCUUAGGUCAAACUUGCUGGCUUGUAAUCCAAACAUAGCUAUAGCUUUACAUUUUUUCUUCCUUUUUUAGAAUCAAAAAUGAGAUAUUGCAGGAAAAGGCUUAGUGCCAACAUGAUAAAGAGUUGUGCCAUCUUGACUUAGAAGUAGCAAGGCACUUACUUUUGAUGGAAUGUUACAGAGAAUUUCAUUUUCUGACUUAUUUCAUCUAAUGUGAUAUAGAUGGAGUACACUGUACUAGUGGAAAGGUUCACUGUUGGGUUAAUAACCAUUGGAGAGUUAUACACUUGGGAGCAAAGUAAUGCAAGACAGUUCCCUAUUUUUUUGUAAAACUUUAUUUUUUAAACAACUGAAGCUGUGUCUCGUGUGAGUUGACAGUCCCACAUCUACAUUAGAUGGCAGGUGUUGUCACAGUCACUGUAUUAAUGAUGAAUGUCGAGAUGGCUUCAUGUUCCAAAACCAUGCACGUGUCCUGCAGAUCCUGGCUCAUAGAAGGCUCGAGACUGUCCCCAGCACGUUUCCCACUCCUUCUCAUGGUGCUGUGUGUUUAGGAUGUACUCAUUAAAUGACAAGAGUAUUCUUCAUCUGAAUCUUUCUAAUAAUCAAUUUUGUGUUACUUUUUAGGACAAAUAUUUAUUAUGAAAACAACCCUUGAUGAACUUCCAUUUUCAUGGUUAAUAUGACCUGUCCAACUCAAUUUGAAAUCAUUAUUAGCUUCUGAUAGUUUAGGAAUAAAAAAACUGAAGCAUUUAUUGGGAAAUCAGAUACGCAAACAGAAAGGUGUAUUGUCGGUAUUUUUGUGUUUUUGUAGCCAAGACAUCCAUCUGACAUAAGUGGGAAACAGUGGGAAAUACUGACUUUUGUGUGACACUGUCUGGUAAAAAGGAAAAGAUUUAAAUCUCUGUCUUGUAUCUUGGCCUAGAUUAAAGUUGAUUAACUUUCUGGCUUUUUUGAACUUAGAUGAUACAAACAUAACCUCUAAGCCAUUCUGUGUGUGUGUGUGUGUGUGUGUGUGUGUGUAUGGUGUGGUGUGUUUGUGUGUGAAAUAAUUUUUGUUACUUUUAAUUUUUUGCAUCCCUUACAUCCUGACCACAGUUUUCAGUACCUUUCCUCCUCCCAACUCCCCGUGUCCCCUAGAUCCUCUUCUCUUCCAUUUCUCUUAAAAAACAAAAAACAGAGCAGGCCUCCAAGGGAUAUUAACAGAACCUGGCAUAACAAAUUCCAUUAAGACUAGGAACAAACUCUCAUACAAGGUUGGAUGAAGCCACCUGUUGGAAGGAAAAGGGGCCCCAGUGAUCAGUGGCACUUUCAGCCCCUGCUAUUAGGGGUCUGACAAGAACACCAACUACACAACCAUAAGGCUUAUGCAGAGGCCCUAGUUCAGAUAACAUUUAGAAUUUCUAUAUUAAGGCAAGACAAAAGUAAGCAGGAAAACCAUCUGAGAGUAAAUCAGGUUUUUUUCUUCUUUUUUUCUUUUUUACUCCUAUACUCCACCAUGAAAAAUGCUGGAGGCUGAGGGUUAAUUUGGGGCUUCCUAAGACACUUAACACAUUUUUAUAAAUAAGAGAGCUAUGGAAAGUACUUGAAAAAAAUGCCUUGCUUUCUCCAAGGAAGACUGUUCUCUUUCUACAUGGUGCACUACUCUGAAAAACUAGAAGGUCACAUAUCACAGUAAAUAACAACAAAACUGAAAAACGAUUUUAAGGAAACCAGCCACACAGGGCAACAAUUUUGCUGUUGAAUAAAAUAAUGUGCCAAAUAGGCUAACUCAUUAGAAUUAAGGAAGUGAAAGACAGUAUUCAUCAGUUUCCGAGGCAGUAUUACUGAAGACAGAAGUUAUUGAGAUCUUACAGGUGUAUGCAGUUCUUUCCCUAGUGCUAAGCAUCUCUAGCUGCUUUCAGGAAUGCCAACUUUACAUUUCAUGUUAUAUAUGAGAGAAACUUUUAUGAAUGAAUCAAAGUAACAUUUUUGAUUUAUUUCUGAGUGUCUUUCAUUGAAUAUGAAGUGUUAAUUAGAAAAUGAAAUAACACUACCAGCAAUAGACAGUUUUGUUGAAUAAUGAGGAACAAUAGCCAGUUCCACAAAUAACUAAAAUUCUAAAGUUAUUAGUACAUCAAUAAUAAAAUAUUUGCUUUCUUUUAAUACUUUUAUAGUCCAUAAAGAAAAAUUUUUAUAUCUUUUUUAUUGAUCAGUCAUGAUUUAACAAGGCAAAUAGGAAUUUGUUUUUGAAAGGUGAUGCAUGUUCUCUAACCAGAAAGGAUGUGAUGGGGUCUUAGAAUUUCCUAACAGUAUAUUGUCAUGUUGGGGUAAGGAAGUCUCAUAGUUGAUAUGCCAUGAAAUUAAUACCUGCAACCUAGAUUGCUGUAGUUUACACUUUGUAUGUUUCAAAUCAGGUGUAUACUGUUUGUACUGAGAACACCACAGAAUGAAUUAUCCAAAGUCCACCGAUUUAAUAUGUGUUUGGUUUGUAAGCGAAUUAUAGUAAUUUCUUGCACAUUUUUUGGAAAUCAAUUGUAUAAAAAUUUAUGUAUCUGCUUCUAGAUACAGUAUGUAAAUAAAAGUUUUGUUCAUAA